AUGAUGCUGAGGAACAGAGACACCAACGCAAACCAAGCCGCCGGCCGCCAAGCCCUGAAGAACGUCGCAUCAAAGCACAAGAACGUCGGAGUCAAAGGAGAUGAACCGAAGGCUAAGAGAGCCGCUCUCGGCGAUAUCACGCAUGUAAGUCAAUUUUUCCGAUAUUAUGUUAGUUUAGAGUAAGAUUACGUCAAGUUUAUGGGAGUGAAUGGAAAGGUUUGGGUAUGGAAAGAUAGUUGAGGGUCUUAGGUCAGUGUGGGAUAAGGUUAUAGAGGCUUGGGUUGUUGAAUAACUUUGUUUUUAGGCUUUUUAAUUGAAAAAUAGGGCACUGGUUUAUUGUUGAAAUAAAGAAUUUGACGUUUUUUGCUAUAUUUUCCCUCAGAAGAAAGGUUGAGCUUUGAAACGUAGUUGAAUUAAAGCUAGCGUAUAUUGGCUUAGCUUCUAAUGGAAAAAGUUUCGUUAUUUUUUAAAAUAUUGAAUGUAUAGAAGAUUGAAUGGCGUCUACUUUUGGAAUAAUUUUGGUGUUUGUUUCUAAGACUUUAGCUCAGAUAAUUUCUUUUGUAUAAACCGCAUCUGUAUUAUAGUUCUUUAGUAUUAAUAAUACCUUUUCCAGGCCUUAUCUUCCUACCAAAUUGACUCUACAAAGAAAAAGGUUUCUACAACCACUUUUUCGUCAAAGAAGAACAAGGUUGAGAGACUACUCCCAUUGAAGGAUGUCUUUGAGGCAGAAGAGCUGGAAGUGGACCCGUGUCCAGGAUUCGACUUUGAUAAGGAAAAUGCAAAUGACCCAAAUGCUGUCUCAGAAUUCGCUUGCGACAUCUUCAAGUACUUGAAGUGGCGUGAGGUAAGGUUUUACUUUUUUUGUUCUUGAAGUUUAGGUACAUAGUGGCUUUUUGAUUAGUAUCUCGAGGUUUAGGUAAGAAGGGGCUCUUUUAGAUUUUUUGAAGGGACGUUAGUUAGGGUUUAUGUCUUUAUCUUAUAGUACUGUUGAACGUGUUGUUCAUCUGUUAUUUCUUCCUUUUCAGCCGGAUUUCAUGCCGAUCAAUUACAUGGGAAGACACAAGCAUAUGGAUUCUAAGACUCGUGCUGUUCUGGUCGAUUGGCUCGUCGAGAUUCAAGAGGCAUUUGAACAAAACCAUGAGACGCUCUAUAUGGCUGUUAACUUGGUCGACCGCUUCUUCAGCAACUCCAAGAGAAUCACCAGAGACAGCCUCCAGUUGGUUACUUGCGCCGCGGCUUUGGUGGCUGCCAAGGUUGAGGUAGGGCAUGUUUUAUCAGGUUUUGAGUGUAGAUAUUUCAGUUUUUGUAGAUAAAAAAUUAUAAAGAAAGUUCUUAAAUUUUUUAUUUUUUACAUGUUGUUCGGAAAAAUAAUGACUUUUUAAAGCUCGACUAAUAUUAUAUUGUUACAGGAGCGAAGUGCCCCACUCCUCGACGAUCUGAUCUACCUGGUCAAGGACGCUUUUAAUUCUGACACAUUAAAACAGAUGGAGCAGGACUUAUUGUGCACCAUCGGCUUCGACUUGUGCGCUCCAUUGUCUUACUCGUUCUUGAGAAGAUAUGGCCGCGUCAUCAAGGCUGACAUGGCUCUCUUGACCUUGUCGAGAUACAUCUUGGAAGUGUCUCUCCAUUUCCUCGACUUCUGUCGCCUGAGUCCAUCCAAAAUGGCUGCUGCUUCGUUGUUGUUGGCCUUGAAGAUGACGAAAUCUGGAACAUGGAACAGUGCUCUACACAAGUACUCGACCUACGUUGUGGAGGAUAUUGAGGAGCUAGCUUGGUCGUUAAAUCACAUGAUUUGCGCCUACCGUACACAACACCCAGACGUUAAGAUGGUUUGGGGAAAGUACUCCCAUGAGUAAGUUUUGGAAUUUAAAGUUGAAAUGUUAUGAAAAGCUUUAAUUUUUAAGUUUUUGAGCUUUUUUUUGUAAUAAAGCAUGGAUAAUAUAAUAUAUUUGUGCUGUUUUUUAUUUGUAUUACAGUACUUUCUGUUCAUUUUGCUGUAUAUUACGGUAGAUAUUGCUUAUUCUGAACUAAUAAAUCGAAUUUCAGAGUCUUCUUCGAGGUGGCCAAGAUUCCAACACUGAAGGACAAGUAUCCUCACGAUGCCCCGAUUGUCCCACCGCCUCAAGUCCAGGCCAUGGACGAGAAGUUAUUGGCCAACCGUCACUAA